GCAGACGUAAACCCAAUGAUUUUAUGUUGCUAGCAUAUAAUUUUAAAAAACCAUUUCAAAUUCCUAUUACAGUUACAGCUUAUUUCUGCGGGUCUUUAUCUUCAUUGGUGUGUCGUUCAGUUUGGAGAUUUUCGGGCGCUUUUUGCCUUAUUAUAUUAUGCGGGUUAUUGACUACAUUGCCUUGUCCCAGGGUAUCAUCAUACUUGUUCUCAUUCUUCUGAAUGGCAGCACAAUGCAACUUCUAAGAAAAAGCAUCAAGGGUGAGAUGGUGGAAGACUGUGCGGAAGAUUUUUCGGCCGAGAAUUCCGCAAAUUUCCGUAAAUUUAAUCAAGGUGUGCUUUAA